CCCUGGAUAAUCCCUUUCUAAAUAGCCUCUGAGCCAGGAAAGAGUUCGGGAACUCUGUCUGUGGACAUUGGACCGUGGGAGCAGCACUGAGAAGUAUCCCACACCUCCAAAGCUGAGGAGAAGUCACACACAGAGAGAACUUUGGAUUCUGAGAGGACACUGCUUCCAUCAGGAUGAAUUUUGCCGCACAGUUAUUUUACUCAAGCUACUUAAAUGAGCGACUGGAACGAUUGUUUUCACCAAAGCCUGCACUUAAAGACAGCGAGGAAAAUGAUCCCUUCUGGCAGAGGUGGGAAACAUGUAGUGACCCUGACCCAUCAGAGCUCUCCUCUAUUCACACCAACCUAGUAGCAAAAUCCCGUCUUUGCGAGAAAAAUCCACCUCCACCCCAAAACAAGGGGAAGACUCCCAUUUUGAGCUCAGUAGCAUCUUCAGUCCCUCUCCCUGUUUCUCCUCCACUCCUACAGCUCCCUCCAACAAUCACUCCACAUUGCAAAAGAGGAUGGACAAAACAAUCAGCUUGUCUUCCAAAUCCAGUUUUGGAUGCUGUGAUUUCCCAACCAAGAACAUCCAAACUUCCUUCCAAAAACUACCUUUCGCCGCAGAGAUCUACCCCCAAAACGUCUCACCAUCCUUCCAAGUCGCUAACAGCAAUAUUUCCCUGCAUCUUUCCAUCUUCUACUCCCCCAAUCACCUGUAGAAAAGAGUUCCUUCCUUCCUUUGAUGACCUGGUAGAUAUUCUCCUGCGUAUGGCCCUCUAUUGUGUUCUCCUCCUUGUCACCAGAGAGGAGCUGCGUCUGGGCCCAGCAGAACCAGCUAACUCUUACAAAGGAGGGCUGGUCAGUAAUGGCGCCGUGGGUCGCAGACCGACCCUUAUUGAACCAGAGAGGCUGAAGGACUUUGGUGAGGAGGAACUUGUCAACGGGGACGUGAAGGUCCGUGACACCAGAGUUGCGGUAGAGGCACCUGUCAUCAUACUAAUGGACCCGCCUAAAACCCGAAGAGUCAGUGAGUUCAGGAUCGUACCCAGACCGACUGAACAGUACCUGCGGUUCGAGGACAUCAGCGCUGCCGCCUUCACUAUCCAGUCAGGGAUACAGAAGACACCCUGCUCGUACUCCCGGCUGUCCAAACAGUACGGUAUGGAAAUCUACCUAAAGAAAGAGCACCUCAACUACACAGGCUCAGUGAAGGAACGAGGAGCGUUGUACCUGCUCUCCUCUCUCACACAGGAGCAGCAGAGAAAAGGUGUGAUUGUUGCCACCGACUGUAACUUCUCCAUGGCCGUGGCCCAUCAUGCAGUGGAGCUGAAGAUCCCCGUGUUUGCCAUCAUGCCCUCAUGUUGCUCCUCACCUCGUCUUCGGAUCUACAGAGACUACGGCGCCAUGGUCAUCUCUUACGGCAGCACCGGUCAUGAUUCACAGAACCACGCCCGCCAUUUGGCCGAAAACAACGGUUACCUCUACCUUGAAGAAGAUGAAAGUGCGACCUACCUGGCAGGACUGGGCACAGUGGGGAUGGAGAUCUACGAGCAAGUGGCCAAACUUGACGCAGUGUUGGUGCCUGCAGCUGGACAGUACGGCCUGCUGGCGGGCACGGCUGCAGCCAUCAAGCAUCUCAACGCACACGUUCUUGUCAUAGGAAUAGAACCUGAAGGUUUCCCUUUGCUGCAUCAAUCUCUAAAGACAGACGGUCCCAUCAAAGACUUCCAUAGCAACCCCAGUAGCAGACUGUAUGGAGAUAUCAUGGAGCGCUCGCUCGGCAUCAACACCUUCCAGCUGGCAAAGAGACUUGUGGAUAAAGUCAUCUCCGUCAGUGAGGAGGAUUCUCUGGUGGCAAUGCUGAGGUUUCAAGAGUUUGAGCGUUCUACUGUGGACACGGAGGGAGCCAUGGGACUGGCAGCCAUCUUGGCAGGACAGCUGCCAGAACUGAGAGGAAAAAGGGUUGCAGUGGUGGUGAGCAGUGCUAACAUGGAGCUGGAUUUGGUGAGGCAGUGUGUGGACCGAGCCCUGGUGCUGGACGACCGUGUCAGCAAGUUUUCAGUGCAGCUGGGGGAAUGGCCCGGAGACAUGGCGAAGCUGUUGGACGUCUUGUCCAGAGAGGACGUCAGGUUGUUGGACGUCAAUCAUCGGAGGCACAGUGACAAGUCAAACCUCUUCAAAGCAAAGGUGGAGUGCGUAGUGGAAACCAGAGACAAGACCCAAAGCACUCAACUGAGGAAGACGUUGAGUGAACGCUACCCUUCUGUCUGCUGGCUGGAGCGAUGAUCAUGUGACCAUUGAUGAAACUAACCUGCUGUAUAUUUUGGAAGGAACGUCAUCAACACAACGGAUGUUCGAAAUUUGCAUUUAGAGUCACUAUUAUCUAUAUUGAUACUGUUUACGCUGCUAUUAUUGUCUGCUGCUGCAGGGAAAUAGUUCUACUACACAGUGGGGGCUCUUGUAGGUACACUAUGUGCAGCCAGACCAUUAGGUACACUAAUAUGAGGGAGAUUUUUUGUAUACACUGGACUAUACAUAUAUUAGUUUGUUCAAUAUAAAUGUAUAUACCUAGUAGUGGGUCUAUAUCUUCAAUGUGGUGACCUUGGUCACCUCAUACCAACCCCACUCAGGCUUCCCAGUUUGUGCUGAUUGAGAUAGUGUCUGGAGUUGAUGACCGUCUUUGCAGUUUCCUGCGCGACUCAAGCUCCGGACCAAAUGAGCGCUGAGCACAAAUCUAUUUAGGUCCCCCCCCCCCCCCAUCCUGUACUUGUGCAGUGCCGUGCAAAGAUUUAUUUGUUGGAAUUCCCUUUUUCAAAUAAUUUGCUGUGACACUGUAAACAUUGAAUAGGAUAUAAGCGGUUAUGAAAAAAACGACUAAAUCCACUAGACUUUGUGGAGUGUAGACACAAGUCAUAUCAAUCCAGGUAAGGAUUUAAAUAUAUGUACAAACCCCGUUUCCAUAUGAGUUUGGAAAUUGUGUUGGAUGUAAAUAUAAACGGAAUACAAUGAUUUGCAAAUCCUUUUCAACCCAUAUUCAGUUGAAUGCACUACAAAGACUUUAGAAUUUCAUGGCUGCAACAGGUUCCAAAGUAUUUGGGAAAGGGCAUGUUCACCACGGUUACAUCACCUUUUCUUUUAACAACACUCAAUAAACAUUUGGGAACUGAGGAAACUAAUUGUUGAAGCUUUGAAAGUGGAAUUAUUUACCAUUCUCAAGCUCUGCUUUUCCUACUCCUUUUCGAACAUGUUGAAAAGAGAAACUGGAAAUUGUGUUGUAUCGUGUUGUAUGCUUGCCUGUUCAAAAUAAACUCACUCAUUGUUUUAUGUAGAGCUUCAGUCGUUCAACAGUCCGGGGUCUCAGCUGUCAUAUUUUACGCUUCAUAAUGCGCCACACAUUUUCCAUGGGAGACAGGUCUUGACUGCAGGCGGGCCAGGAAAGUACCCGCACUCUUUUUUUAGAAAGCUACGCUGUUGUAACACUUGUCUUUCUGAAAUAAGCAGGGGCGUCCAUGAUAACGUUGCUUGGAUGACAAAAUAUGUUGUUCCAAAACCUGUAUGGGCCUUUCAGCAUUAAUGGUGCCUUCACAGAUGAGUAAGUUACCCAUGCCUUGGGCACUAAUACACCCCCAUACCAUCACAGAUGCUGGCUUUUGAACUUUGCGCCUAUAUCAAUCGGAAUGUUUUUUUUCCUCUUUGUUCUGGAGGACACCAUGUCCUGUUUCCAAAUAUAAUUUGAAAUAUGCAUUUGUCUGACCACAGAACACCUUUCCACUUUGCAUCAGUCAAUCUUAGGUGAGCUCGGGCCCAGCCAAGCCGGCAGCGUUUCACAAUAGUUGAUAAAUGGGUUUGGCUUUGCAUAGUAGAGUUUUAACUUGCACUUACAGAUGUAGCCACCAACUGUAGUUACUGACAGUGGUUUAUGAAGUGUUCUUGAGCCCAUGUGGUGAUAACCUUUACACACUGAUGUCGGUUUUUGAUGCAGUACCGCCUGAGGGAUCAAAAGUACGUAAUAUCAUCGCUUAUGUGCAGUGACUUCUCCAGAUUCUCUGAACUUUUUGAUAAUUUUACGGACCGUAGAUGGUAAAAUCCCUAAAUUCCUUGCAAUAGCUUGUUGAGAAAUGUUGUUCUAAAACUAUUCAACAAUUUGCUUACAAACUGGUGUCCCUCACCCAUCCCUGUUUGUGAAUUACUUAGCAUUUCAUGUAAGCUGCUGUUAUACCCAAUCAUGGCACCCAAAUGUUCCCAAUUAGCCUGAACACCUGUGGGAUGUUCUGUAUAAGUGUUUGAUGAGCAUUCCUCAACUUAUCAGUAUUUAUUGCCACCUUUCCCAACUUCUUUGUCACAUGUUGCUGGCAUCAAAUUCUAAAGUUAAUGAUUAUUUGCACACAAAAAAAUGUCAGUUUGAACAUCAAAUAUGUUGUCUUUGUAGCAUAUUCAACUGAAUAUGGGUUGAAAAUUAUUUGCAAAUCAUGGUAUUCAUUUUAUAUUUACAUCUAACACAAUUUCCCAACUCAUAUAAACGGGGUUUGUAGUAAAUACAGUCAUAUUUGCUGUAUUGGAGUGUUCUCUAAGUGAGGUUCUAGUAGAUUGUGGUCAAGUAUGUUGCCUUUGCACAGUCCUGUACAUUCUACACAUUGCUUUGCAUAUUUAUUUUGGAAUGGUUACAUUUAUGAUGAAGUAUUUUUAAAGAGGUAGUUUCGCUCCAAAGUAGAAAUGUUACCUGAAUAAAACCUACUUUUGGGA